CGUUCUUUCCUCGCCUGCCCCACCCUUCCAACGGCCUCUUCCUCCGCCACCGCCGUUGCAGUGUGGUGGGAGUGAGUGCGCGCGCACGCGCGUGCGGGGGGAGGGGGCAGCCAUGCCGAGGGGGCGGCCUUCCAAACCCAGCAGGGAGGACAGCAAGGCCGGUGCCGAGUCAGAUGGUGUUCUGACACUGAAUACAGAGAACAGUAAUUGUUCCUACCAAGUACCAAGCUUCCAUAAGUGUGAGAUCUGUUUGCUAUCUUUUUCAAAAGUGACACAGUUCCAGCGCCACAUGAGGGAUCAUGAGAGAAAUGAUAAGCCUCAUCGGUGCGACCAGUGUCCAAUGUCAUUUAAUGUUGAGUUCAACCUGACACUUCAUAAAUGUACUCACAAUGGGGAAGAUCCUACAUGUCCUGUGUGUAACAAGAAAUUCUCCAGAGUGGCUAGUCUCAAAGCUCAUAUUAUGCUACAUGAGAAAGAAGAGAAUCUUAUUUGUUCAGAGUGUGGAGAUGAGUUUACUUUGCAGACCCAACUGUCCAUGCAUAUGGAAGAACAUCGUCAGGAAUUGGCUGGAAGCAGAACCCAUAGUUGCAAGUCCUGUAAGAAGGAAUUUGAGACUUCCUCACAGCUUAAGGAGCACAUGAAAACUCACUACAAAAUAAGGGUAUCCAAUACUAGAUCUUACAACCGAAACAUUGACAGAAGUGGGUUUACAUAUUCAUGUCCGCACUGUGGAAAGACAUUCCAAAAACCAAGUCAGUUAACCCGACAUGUUAGAAUACAUACAGGUGAAAGACCAUUUACAUGUAGUGAAUGUGGAAAAGCCUUUAACCAGAAGGGGGCAUUACAGACACACAUGAUUAAGCAUACUGGUGAAAAACCCCAUGCUUGUGCCUUUUGUCCAGCAGCCUUUUCUCAAAAAGGCAAUCUUCAGUCUCAUAUACAGAGAGUUCAUUCAGAGGUGAAGAAUGGCCCUACUUAUAACUGUACAGAAUGUAGCUGUGUUUUCAAAAGCUUAGGCAGCUUAAAUACUCACAUCAGCAAGAUGCAUAUGAGUGGUCCACAGAACUCAGCAAGUACUACUUCAGAAGCAUCUCAUGUUACAACGGAUCCUGUGGCCCAGCCUCUAAUGACGUCUCCUGCUAACCUGAUGCAACCUGUUGAUAAUAAAUGGAAGAAUGCCACACAUUUUCGGUCUCCAUUUCUUCAACAGACAGAAAACCAAGUAACUUCAGCUGCAGGUCAACAAGGGCAACAGGCUGUAACAGAUGUCAUCCAGCAGCUCCUUGAGCUGUCAGAGCCAGGUCCAGUGGAAAAUAACCAGCCCCAGCAACCUGGCCAGCAACUCAAUAUUGCAGUAGGACUCAAUCGAGACAUUUUGCAGCAAGCCUUAGAAAACAGUGGGCUGUCUUCAAUUCCAGUCUCAGCACAUCCUACAGACUGCAGCCAGGCUAAGAAUCCUACAACACAGGAUCAAAAUCCAGAUGUUCAGAAUCUUUCUAACCAUCAAGCUGACCCUAAUAAUGCAGAACAAGAUAAAGAGCAAGAAAGCCCAGAUAAGAUGGAUAAAAAAGAGAAAAAGGUUAUAAAGAAAAAAUCACCAUUUUUACCUGGUUCUGUACGUGAAGAGAAUGGAAUAAGAUGGCAUGUUUGCCCAUAUUGCUCUAAAGAAUUUAAAAAACCCAGUGAUCUAGUGCGCCACAUUCGAAUUCACACGCAUGAGAAGCCAUUCAAGUGUCCCCAAUGUUUCCGCGCCUUUGCUGUGAAGAGCACUCUCACAGCACACACAAAAACACACACUGGCAUUAAAGCUUUUAAGUGCCAGUAUUGUAUGAAAUGUUUUUCCACCUCAGGAAGCUUAAAAGUUCACAUUCGUCUGCAUACAGGUGUUAGACCUUUUGCUUGUCCUCACUGUGAUAAAAAGUUCAGAACAUCUGGCCACAGAAAGACUCACAUUGCUUCACACUUUAAACACACUGAACUACGAAAGAUGCGACAUCAGCGUAAACCUGCAAAAGUUCGAAUAGGAAAGACCAGCGUUCCAGUACCGGAUAUUCCUUUGCAAGAACCCAUACUCAUCACUGAUUUAGGUCUUAUCCAGCCAAUCCCAAGGAAUAGCCAGUUUUUCCAAAGUUAUUUUAAUAAUAGUUUUGGAAAUGAAGCAGACAGGCCAUACAAGUGUUAUUACUGCAAUCGAGCAUAUAAAAAAUCUUGCCAUCUUAAGCAACAUAUCAGAUCACACACUGGUGAGAAGCCAUUUAAGUGUUCUCAGUGCGGAAGAGGUUUUGUCUCGGCUGGAGUGCUAAAAGCGCAUAUUAGAACUCAUACUGGAUUGAAAGCUUUUAAGUGUCUUAUAUGUAAUGGGGCUUUCACUACUGGUGGUAGCCUCAGGCGACACAUGGGGAUCCAUAAUGAUCUUCGACCAUAUAUGUGUCCAUAUUGUCAAAAAACAUUCAAAACUUCAUUAAACUGCAAAAAGCACAUGAAAACUCAUAGGUAUGAGCUUGCACAGCAGCUUCAGCAGCACCAGCAAGCUGCUUCAAUAGAUGAUUCAACAGUAGAUCAGCAGAGCAUUCAUGUUUCCACUCAGAUGCAAGUAGAGAUUGAAAGUGAUGAGUUGCAGCAGCCAGAAGCUGUCACUACAGAUCAGGAAGCUAUUUUAGAACUAGACCAGCAGCAGGUGGUAGCCACAGAAGAAACAGGACUGGGACAACAAUUGACUGACCAACCUUUAGAGCAAGAUGAAGAUAGGUUUGUGACAUCCCAACAUGCUUUACAGGAGAACAUCAAUCAAUUUGAACAGCAAACUCUAACACAGCAGUCAUUUGAUCAGCAAGGGUUAUCACAAGGUUUUACAGUGAAUGAUAGCUACAAUCAACAGAAUCAAUUUUCAGCUGUACAGCAGCUACAGGAUUCAAGCACACUUGAGUCUCAGGCUCUUUCAACAAGUUACCAUCAACCAAAUCUGCUUCAAGUUCCUAAUCCAGAGACUAUUAAUGUGACUACUCGCCUCAUACAAGAUCAGUCACAAGAAGAACUUGAACUGCAUGCCCAACGCCCCCAGUUUCUUGAGGACAAUGAAGAUCAAAGCAGACGUUCAUACAGAUGUGACUAUUGCAACAAGGGUUUUAAGAAAUCCAGCCAUUUGAAGCAGCAUGUACGAUCACAUACUGGUGAGAAACCUUAUAAAUGCCAGCUGUGUGGCCGUGGAUUUGUUUCCUCAGGAGUUCUUAAAUCCCAUGAGAAGACUCACACAGGAGUUAAAGCAUUCAGCUGUAGCAUUUGCAAUACAGCUUUCACUACCAAUGGCAGCCUUACCAGGCACAUGGCAACUCAUAUGAGCAUGAAGCCUUACAAGUGCCCAUUCUGUGAUGAAAGCUUCCGAACAACAGUUCACUGCAAAAAGCACAUGAAAAAACACCAGACGGUCUCCUCUGCAGUAGCAGCAACUGGAGAGGCCGGAGGAGGAGUUGUUUGUGUGGAAGAAGAUGAUGAAAAUUGUGAAAGAACUGCUUCCAGAAAGUCUCGGCCUGGUGUCAUCACUUUCACAGAGGAAGAAACAGCAGAACUGGCAAAAAUUAGACCUCGAGAAAGUGCCACAGUCUCAGAAAAAGUUCUUGUCCAGUCUGCUGCGGAAAAGGACAGAAUUAGUGAAAUCAAAGAUAAGCAUGCAGAACUGGAAGCGGAGCCCAAAUAUGCCAAUUGUUGUACUUAUUGUCCCAAAAGCUUUAAAAAACCCAGCGAUUUAGUCAGGCAUGUUCGUAUCCACACUGGGGAGAAACCAUAUAAAUGUGAUGAAUGUGGAAAGAGUUUUACUGUGAAGUCUACUCUGGAUUGCCAUGUAAAAACGCACACAGGUCAGAAGCUCUUCAGUUGUCAUGUAUGCAGUAAUUCUUUUUCUACCAAAGGCAGUCUAAAAGUGCAUAUGCGUCUGCAUACAGGAGCAAAGCCAUUUAAGUGUCCACACUGUGACUUACGGUUUCGUACUUCAGGACGCAGAAAAACGCACAUACAGUGUCACUAUAAACCAGAAACCAAGAGGGUCAGGAAGCCUGUUACCCGUACAUCUGCUGAGGGAUUACAACCAGUGAAUCUUCUUAAUUCUUCCACGACAGACCCCAACGUUUUUAUCAUGAAUAACUCUGUUCUGACAGGUCAAUUUGAUCAAAAUUUGCUUCAGCAAGGACUUGUGAGCCAGGCGAUCCUUCCUGCUUCUAUGUCAGCUGGAGGUGACUUAACUGUGUCCUUGACAGAUGGUAGCUUGGCCACCCUUGAAGGCAUACAGUUACAGCUUGCUACUAAUCUGGUUGGACAGAACGUUCAAAUUUCUGGAAUAGAUGCUGCCAGUAUUAACAACAUCACAUUACAGAUUGAUCCCAGUAUUUUACAGCAGACACUACAGCAGAGUAACUUACUUGCCCAGCAUCUAACUGGGGAUCCUAGUAUGGCUCCACAGAACAACUCCCUCCAGACAACAGAUAGCACGGUGCCAGCUAAUGUUGUUAUCCAGCCCAUAUCAGGCUUGUCUUUACAGCCAACAGUUACAUCUUCAGCUAAUAUGACAAUAGGACCACUGUCUGAGCAAGACUCUGUGUUAACAACUAACAGUAAUGGUGCACAGGAUCUCUCUCAAGUGAUGACCUCACAGGGUAUGGUGUCCACUUCAAAUGGUCAGCAUGAGAUAACAUUGACCAUAAAUAACUCAAGUUUGAGUCAAGUUCUAGCUCAUGCUGCUGGUUCCACCACUACAAACUCAUCAGAAAGCCCGCAAGAAAUUACCCUCACCAUAUCUGGUCAAGAUCUUAUUCAGCAUAAUUCUUCUGGAAGUAAUGAGUUGAAUGGGAGUUUACGACUGACAACACCAACAAUUAGCAAUCAAUCAACAGGUGCUACGUUAACUAUAAGCAAUGAUCAACUUCUGUCUCAGGGUACAUCACUGAAUGCUUCAGAACUUAAUACGUCAAGUGGAAAUCUUCCUUCAACACCACCCAUGUCUCAAUCCACAGUUUCUGCUCAGAACUUAGUAAUGUCUUCGUCAGGAGUUGGAGGAGAUGGUAGUGUUACCUUGACCUUGGCUGAUACUCAGGGCAUGUUAUCUAGUGGUCUUGAUUCAGUUACACUUAAUAUCACUUCACAGGGUCAGCAAUUCCCUGCUUUACUCACAGAUUCUAGUCUCUCCAGCCAAAGCGGUUCGGGCUCACAACAAGUCAUACUGGUGAGCCAUACGCCACAUUCAGCAUCUACAAACUCUGAUGAAAUAACAUAUCAGGUGGCUGAGGUUUCUUCUAACCUGACUAAGGGUAAUCAAGAAAAAGAGGGCCGUGUACACCAAUGUUUUGAAUGUAGUCAGACCUUUUCUUCAGCCACGAUGUUAAUGCACCACAGUAAAGAGGUUCAUGGCAAGGAGAGAAUUCAUGUGUGCCAUGUUUGCAAUAAAGCCUUCAAACGAGCAACACAUCUCAAGGAGCACAUGCAAACCCAUCAGGCUGGACCUUCACUAAGUUCCCAGAAGCCACGAGUGUUUAAAUGUGAUACUUGUGAAAAGGCUUUUGCUAAGCCAAGUCAGCUGGAGAGGCAUAGCCGCAUCCACACAGGGGAACGUCCAUUUCAGUGUACACUGUGUGAUAAAGCUUUUAACCAGAAGAGUGCCCUUCAGGUGCAUAUGAAAAAGCACACAGGAGAGAGGCCUUACAAAUGUGAUUACUGUGCAAUGGGCUUUACACAGAAAAGCAAUAUGAAACUCCAUAUGAAACGAGCUCAUGGCUAUGCUGGUACUAUACAAGAAUCUGCCAGUCAGCAAGAACAAGAAGGGGAAGAUAUUAAUCGUGCUUUGAAUUUAGAAGAGGUUGUUCAAGAAUCUUCAAAUGAAUGGCAGAGUAUAACCAAUGUUUUUCGAUGACACCUUAGUUGAAAGCUUUGCUUUCAGGACUUGAAUUUCUCAACAUAUGUUUUGAAAAAAGUAAAGCAUAUGGAUUUUACAGUUGAUGCUUCAAGCAUUGAAAUAUUAACAAUAGAAUAAUAUAUUAUAGUUUUUUUAAUUAUUUACAAAAAGUACUUAAGAAUCAUUGUUUUUGUAAGCUUGUGGGAAAAUAUUGAAAAAACAUCAAUUAAUCUGUGUUAAAUUGUCUACAAAUCAAUGAACUCAGGUAAUACUACAUGCGGUUUCAUCUUCUAAUCCACAGACAGUAUAUCUAGUUGAACAAUUUACUGGAACUUCAUAUCAGGAAAGAGUGAUUCCCUUGUAUUAGUAAAGAAGAUGAAAAGUAACUUCAUGGGAAAACCAUGAAAAUUGUCAUUUACUUUUUUAUUUUUUUAAUGUAUAGCAAAAAUGUUUGAGGUUAGAAAGAAAAGUGUUAUGAUAGAGAUGCAUGCAGUACAGAAUUAAUUUUUACAAUGCACAGUAAAAUGUUAAAUUUCUGUUAUUAGUUUCUUUUGGUGCAUUUGAGGAAUUUUGGAAAGUGAAUUGCCCUUGCAUUAAAUGGUAUUUAUGUAGCUAAUCUCUUGAGAGGUGACCGGGCUAUUUCCAUUCCAGUUGUAGAGACAGUCAUUAGUUUUUUCCAUCAAAAUGUCUGAGGCUUCAAACUCAGCAAUAAACAUUCAAAGAAAAUCCAAACUAAAAGAAAUUAAACUGAUUGAACGCCCCUGUUUUUAGGUUUGCCGUAAGGAUCAGCAGGCAGAUACUUGAGUAUUUGUGGAAAGCACAAGCCAUAUUCUAAAGUUGGGAGAUAACCUAAAAUUGUACAUUUUAAUAGCAAACUGGAAGUAAGCUGCAGUACAGGUCACCUCAGUUAACAUAAAAGUAAUCUGUACUGUAGACCUUUUUAGUUCCAAAUCUGUAAAAGCAUCAUUAUUUUCUCAUGCAUCAAUUCUGAAAGCAUUUUACUGUGGUGUUUGUUUUUUUGGGGUGUGUGUGUGUGUUUCUCCCCUCCCCCCCCCCCCCCCCCCGGUAAAACUACCUAGUUAACUUAAGGUACAUCUACAGCUGCGGCAGUGUAUAGAGUACAGACACAGCAUCCCCAGCUAGCAGGGGUGUAAAUAGCAGUGUAGAUGGUGAGGCAUGGCUUAGGGGGGUAGUGUAGAGUGCCCUGCAACUCAGCCCUGAUGGUAUAUAUCCAAGCAUGGCCUCCCAUGUCUAUGUUACUAAUUUCUGCAGUGUAGAGUCCCACUGUCUCUCCGCUGCCAGAGCCUUUUCGUUGCUGCCUGCACACAGCAGUAUGUAGCUACUCACCUUAGUGACAAGUAUGGAUACCACCUGCCUUUCGCCAUGGCGUGUAGCUACACGUGUAGUGCCUUUACUCUACUUGCCGCUGUAAGUGUAGACAUAACCUUAGUACUGCUCUGAAAGGUGCCACUUGUUAAGUGUAUUCAUAACAAAGAAACACUGGAGUAAAGCUUAAGUCAUGUUUUAUACAUUCCAAAGACAGAAAGCUCUUUGCUUACUUUUACUUUGUUCCUUUGAAUUUAUUUAUAUGUUAUAUAUAUAUAUAUGUAUGUAUGUAUAUAUAAAAAUAUAUGGGCCUCUAUGUGGCUGAUCAAUAUAUUUUGUAAAUAGCAAUCCCAACUUCAGGAAGAUUUCAUCAAGUUUUCAAGUUCAUAUGAGUACUUCUAGAUCAGUAUUGGAUUCAUUGUAAUGUAAAAUAGAGUUGGGUUUUAUUUUACCUUUUGCAAAAUAAUCGCCUUUUAUUUGCUCUCAUAUCCAAAAAACACUUUUUUCCCCUUUUGGUAAAUAUUAUAUAUACGUUGUCUGCUAUAAGACCUAGUCAUUUCAGAUUCCUGAAGAAAGAAAUCACUGUUGUUUUUGAUAGGGAAUCUCUUAUUUCUUUUGUUAACUCUUUGCAUAUGUAUAUAAGUAAUAUAGUUGGUGACAUAAAAAUAACAUUUUUGUUAUGUGGAAAUAUUUAAGUCAGAAAUGUUAAUAAUAUUAAUUUUUUCCAACUUUGCUUUGUGUAGUUUUUAACUAAGAAUACCCAUUUAAAAUUGUCUUUUAUUUCAAGGAAAAUGUGGUUGACUAAAAUUAUGCAGCUCAAUGUUGAACAUAGAGGACUGAAGUUCUCCUUUCAUUUCAGCAGUGCAUCUCAUUCCAGACAAGUUGUUUGGCCCUGCAAACCUGCCUUACACAUAUUGGUAACUUCUGGAUAAUGGCAACCUUUUGCUGGGAACCAAGAGGUUGCUAAUAAGCAGAAUUCACAAUACACGGAAAGCAGAUCUUUUCAAUAAAGAGGUGCUAUUUGAAAUACAGUCAUUUUUCAGAGAGCAAUGCUGCUUUAAGACUCUUGAUCACAUACCAAUCACGUAAUGAGUGGAUAUUUGUAAGAUAGUAAGUAACAAGUAAAUAGGGAGACUUGCCUUUUUUUCCCCUGAGUUCUCAACCCACCACAAUAGCGAGAGUCCUGCCAAUUAUGGUAAAUAUCCUUUUUGAACAUUUUAAUAAGAUACAGUAUAUAUUUUAGAAUCAUGCCUUGAAUGUUUUCUGCCUGACACAAAGGUGUUUAAUGUCCUUCCUUUAAACAUAGGAGCUGCUCCAGAUUACUUGGAUAAGUUUGAAUUGGAAACUUUCAAAUGCAUUAUAUCUGCUGAUGCUCUGUAGUAGUGACAAGGUUGUGACUAUUACAUUGGUGUCCAGGGCAAGAUCAGGUUGUUCAGGAACUUUCUUGCUAAAGUAAAGAAAUGUAAUGUGGACCAUGCCCUAACAGCAUCACACUGGAGAAAGGUAACAUCAGAAAUAAACUUUAUGUGCCCUAGAAGCCCUGGUCCAUCUUGCUGUGGCAAUUGGGCUCUCUGAGUAAAAGCAUCAUACACCGUUGAUA